GGGAGCAGCGAGAGGCGGCGAGCAGAGCGGCACGGCGGGAGCAGCGAGAGGCGGCGGGCAGAGCAGAGCGGCGCGGCGGGAGCAGCGAGAGGCGGCGGGCAGAGCAGAGCGGCGCGGCGCGGCGGCCCAAGAUGGCGGCGCAGGCGGUGAAUGUGGCGGAGCUGCCGCUGCCGCAGCUGGAGCUGCUCAAGGGGCAGCUGGACCAGGAGGUGGAGUUCCUCUCGUCCUCCAUCGCGCAGCUCAAGGUGGUGCAGACCAAGUAUGUGGAAGCCAAAGAUUGUCUCAAUGUCCUCAACAAGAGCAACGAGGGGAAGGACCUGCUGGUGCCGCUCACCAGCUCCAUGUACGUCCCCGGGAAGCUCUCGGACGUCGAGCGCGUCCUGAUCGACAUCGGCACCGGCUACUACGUGGAGAAGACAGCAGACGACGCCCGAGACUUUUUCAAGCGGAAGAUCGACUUUCUGACCAAGCAGAUGGAGAAGAUCCAGCCGGCGCUGCAGGAGAAACACGCCAUGAAGCAGGCCGUGGUGGAGAUGAUGAGCCAGAAGAUCCAGCAGCUCACGGCGCUGGGAGCCGCGCAGGGCGCCGCCGCCAAGGCGUAGCCUGCGGCCUCCCCCCCGCCGGGCUGGGGGGGCCCUGGGGACACAGCGCACCCCCCCAGCCCCACUGUCCCUGUCACUCUCCCCCCCAUUUUUGGCAGGCAGUGCGGAAUAAAGGAGGUUUGUGGCA